CCUAUACACUAGUGUUGUAAUAACGUAUUUUGAUAGCGCUAUUCAAGUAAGAUGAUAUCGCUAAUGAAACACGGUUUUGCGGGUAACCAACGAUCACCUUUUUUUUUAUAGAACGAUUUGUGUAUGAUAAAUGGACACUGCUUUGCACCUGAACAGCCUAGCCCAAGGGACUGGUGUAAGCAAUGCAUGCCAGAGACUGACCAAUUUGAUUGGAUUCGGCGGAAAGUGAACUACCCUCCAAACUUUACCUCUCCGUCUGUUUGGUUCGCUCUCGUUGGCGAAAAUCUGUCGCUUCAACUUAAGGCAACUGACCCUGAAAACCGUACAAUAAACUACAGGAUCACUAGCACGGAUGCGCAAGGUUACACGUUCACACCAAACGGGCAGCUGAACUACACCAUGACGUCUACAGACAACAAGACGUUCACAUUCGUAGCGACAGAUGAGUGCAAUGCUAACGAUACAACCGCGAUUACCCUUAUGGCGCAAUUUUGCCCAUGCCAAAACGGAGGUACAUGCUAUCCCCAUCCCUACUACCCUAGGGGGUCUGGCCAGUACGAAUGCGCGUGCCCGAAAGGAUUCAAUGGAAGUCGCUGCGAAAUGAACAUUGAUGAAUGCCAGUCGAAUCUUUGUGUCAACGGUUCCUGUGUCGAUGGUGUCGCCGGCUACACUUGUAAGUGCGAUGCUGGAUUCAAGGGUCGACUUUGCGAUGUGAAAAUCUCGAACUGCUCUGAAGACUCGUGUUAUCCUGGUGUCAACUGUACCGAGGACAAGAGUGGUUUUGUCUGUGGUCCGUGUCCUGUAGGUUUAUCAGGAAAUGGAAAAACGUGCAUAGGAAACUUACAUUAA